AAGACUAUGGCAAAAACAAUUUUAGUAUAGAAGACAGAAACCAGACGGGUGUGUGCCCAAGAGAGAAAGGAUGUAAGGAAGCACAGAAAUGAGUAGAGACAACACUUUUGAGAAGUUUUGUUGUGAAAGAAAUCAGAGAAUGGGGCGAGGGGUUGAGAAAAGCAAAAUAAUCCCAGAAGCCAGUCCUCCUGUUACACUUUUAUACUCUAUUGAAAUUUUUUUUUCCAAAGUGCUUCUUCCAAUUGUGAGUUCUUUGAAAGCAGAAUUUCCUGUUUUCUAACUCCUGUGUCAUGGCUCUCAGUACGUGUUUCUGGACUGUCUAGAACUUAGGACUCUGAAGUCCUAGUACAAGAAAUCUGAUAGAGUGGAAAGAGCAGAAAUGGAAUUAGACAGACUCAACUUUAAAUAUCAGAUUUUCCACUAACAAGCUAUGUAACCUUAGGCAAAUUACUUUUAUCUCUCAGAACCUCAGUUUUCUCAUGGGCAUAAAUUCUUUAUUUUGCUGGAAUGCUGUGGCAAAUGAAAAACUGUAAUAAAUCACUUAGUACAGUGUCUCCCCCUAACAGGGUGCUCAAAUAAAGUUCAAUAUUAUUAUUACUGUCAUUUUCAUAGCAGGCAGAUGUAAUCAGGUGUAUAUCACACAUACAGGCAUACAUGUAAGUGUAUGUACUAAGAGAAGUAAAAUUAACUAAGUUUUAAGAAUUUCACUACAUGUGUUACAGUAUCAAACUUUAGGUGGGCAAACAUGCCAUCAUUUCAAAUGACAAACCACUGGCAUGCAGAAAGCUUGCAUAUUAGGCUACUUCCUCCAGGAAGCCUUCCCUGAUAUCCCAUCUGGCUUAGGUGUCUCUCAUAUGAUUGAUUUGCACCCAGCACUUUCUCCUUUAUAUCCCAAAUAUUGUAAUCGCCUUGUUUGUAUCCCCGACCAAACUGUGUCUCUUGACUGACAUAAACAAAUGUCAACUACUUGAAUACUUUUUUCACCUAGUUCACCAAUUUUUCACAUUUUUCCAAACCAAAACAUGGUAAGUUACCUAGGCCCAGUAACCUAGAGGUUAUAUGAUCCAAGGGGAAUGUGGUGGCCAUUAGCAACAGGUCUCAUUGUUUUAUGAGGCAUUGUCUGAGACUUCCAAGGAAAUAUAGGGGAAAUAGUCCAGGGGUUCAAGAUGGUCUGGUAUGACUCUGGACUAGCUCCAUUUGGAAGGUUGAGUCCCUACCUUAACCCCAGAAUGACACCAUAAUGCUGCCCUCACUGACAUAAGCAUGUAACCCUGCUUGCCACAUAAUCAGUAUCCUAACAUCUCCUAGCAUUGGUCCAUGGUAAUGACCUUAUGUUUAAUGUAAACAGUGACUAGUUGCAGUCACUGCCUCUACCACCACCACCAGCAGAGCCUGAGCUGAGAGGAACCAGAGUCCUCGCUACCCAGAGCACCCCUUUCCAAUAACCUGUUAAAACAUGGUGGAUUACUAUGAAGUUCUAGGAGUACAGAGAUAUGCUUCACCUGAGGACAUUAAAAAGGCUUAUCACAAAGUGGCUCUUAAAUGGCACCCUGAUAAAAAUGCAGAAAAUAAAGAAGCAGCAGACAGAAGAUUUAAAGAAGCAGCUGAGGCAUACGAGGUGUUAUCAAAUGUUGAAAAACGAGACAUUUAUGAUAAAUAUGGCAAAGAAGGAUUAAAUGGUGGAAGUGGAAGUCAUUUUGAUGAUCCUUGUGAGAACAGCUUCAGAGUCUGUAGGCCAGACAAUGUUUUUAAAGAAUUUUUUGGUCAAAGGAACCCAUUUUCGUUUGACUUCUUUGAAGACUCACUUGAGGACCUUUUAAAUACUCCAAGACGCCCCUAUGGAAGCAGAAGCAGCAGAGGUGCAGAAUCUUUUUUGUCUACCUUUAGUGAAUACCCAGCUUUUGAGAGUAGAUUUUCUUCCUAUGAUAGAGGAUAUACAUCAUCUGGUUCACUGGGGCAUGAGGGCCAUACUUCAUUCUCUUCCAUGACAUUCGAUGAUAACGGGAUGGGCAACUACAUAUGUGUUACAACUUCAGGUAAGACAGUUAAUGGCGGAAAUAUCAAUGUAAGGAGAAUAACUGAGAAUGACCAAGAAAGAGAAGAAGUUGAAGACGAUGGUGAGUUGAAGUCCUUCCUGAUAAAUGGUAUGGCAGAUGAAGAGGGCUUUGCAGAAGAAUGCAGCUGGAGAAGACAGUCAUUCAGCAACUAUUCAUCAAAUUCCUGCAGUUCCAAACAUGUAGUACCUCAGUAUACUUUUGUAGACAAUGAUGAGCAAGGUAUACCUUGGGUCACGAACAGCUGGGAUCCCUCCAUUUUCUCAGCAAGAUUCAAAGAAGGUGGUAAGAGAAAAAAAAAGAAGCAUAAAGAGGUGAAGAAAUCAACCAAAAGGAAGAGCUAAAUUGACUCUUCCGACACAUUAUGUUCAUAUAACAUUUGAACAUGACUUUGCGUGUUUUGGUUUAUCAGUUUUGUAGAUAACAUUUAUUAUACUAAGAUUAUAUUUUUAACAUUGUUAGCAGGACUGUGGACAUUUGGACAGUAGUUGUUUGGACUAGGUAUGUCAAAAAAGAUGAGUUUGUGUUACGAAUUUGGAAAGCAGCAAAGAUUUUUUUUCUACUUAAGUUUUGGGCUAAAUAUUUCAAUGUCAUAGAAAUUUUCUUUUGUAAAGUUUAGGAUCUACGUUAUUCCUUUAAGAAGGCCUGGUGGUGCAGUGGUUAAAGUAUUCGACUGCUAACUGAAAAGGUCAGUGGUUUGAAACCACCAGCAGCUCCAUGGGGGAAAGACGGGCAGCCUGCUUCCAUACAGAUUUACAGCCUUGGAACCCUAUGGGGUCGCUAUGAGUCAGAAUCAACUUGACUGCAGUGUGUUUGUUUUGGUUAUUCGUUUUAAUUAAUUAAACCAUUUUACGAAGUUAAAAAAUAUUUAUAGCAUUAACAAAAAAAAAAAACAAAAAACAACCCCACUGCCACUGAGUCAAUUUUGACUCAGUGACCCCACAGGACAGAGUAGAACUGCCCCAUAGGGUUUGAACCAUCAACCUCUCCGUUAGCAGCCAAGUGUUUUAACCAUUGUGCCAAAAAUGCACACAAUUUCAAACUAUACAGCUAUUCAUGGAAUGAUUUUUUUUCCCAAUGGAGGCAGGAGCGUUUGACAUGUACCUUAAAGAUACUAUAAAAAAUGAAAUAUGAAGCAUUUCCUUUACAUUAAAAAUAGCCAGACUUAACCUGGAUUUCUCAGACAAGCCUGGCUGUAUCAUGUGUGUCAGGGUAUCAGUAAAUCAUUCCAGACAGGAAACUUUCUAUUUUUGUUUGGAUACGUACACAGGAUCUACAAAUACCACACUCUACAAUAUCACCUUUAACCAUUCUAAUUUAGGAUCACGCUGGGAGAAAAACAGAUGAGUUACAUAUAAAUCAGAUAUUGAGCAAGUGGUUUGUGCUAAAUGUUUACAUACAUUUGUUUUUUUAAACCAAAUUACUUUGAUGUCAACAUUACUUCUCAGCUUCCUGUAAAUUACUUCAAAAUACAUUGCUUCAAAGCCUUUUAUUUUUAUUCAUUCUUUCGUUUAAUCAACGUAUUUUCAGAGCACCUACUAUUUGCCAAGAAGUGUUCCUAGUGGUUGGAUACAGUAAGGAACAAGUCAGCAAAAAUCUUAGCCCUCCCAGGGCUGUGGGGAAUGGUCUCGGGGAACAUCUAGCUCAAUU